UCUUUCUCUUGAAUCUCUUGCUUGUUAUGACUUGUGACCUGUUGUGAAUUAAUAUAAUAUACAUAAAAAUGUAAUUGUAAUCUGUGUAUCGACUAAUAACAAGCCAAAAUUUUAUCCAUAUCUUCCGUAGUCCUCGACUUCUUUUGGAUUUGAGGUUGUACUGUAGAUUUUAAUCACAUCACAAGUUACUAUUCCCACAAUCAGUGAGGCCUAGAUACAUAAUUAUUUGUGUUAAAAAUGAGUGAUUCAGCACCUAUCGUGAAAAAUGUAAUUCAUGCUGGGCAGAAAUACAAACCAAUAUCUGAUGGAAGCAAGGUGCACUUCCAUUUUCAAACAUGGAAGUGUGGGAAAGAGAGAGUCCUCAUUGACGACAGCAGGAAGAUCGGCAAGAAGGAGCCCAUGGUUCUAGUCAUCGGUCACAAGUUCAAGCUGGAGGUUUGGGAGUCCAUAGUCAAAAUGAUGGCCGUUGGUGAAGUGGCCAGCUUUACUGUUAAAAAAGAACUAGUAUUCAGCUAUCCAUUUGUAUCGAAAACAUUGCGUGAGCUCGGGCAGGAGACUAGUAAGAAGAAACAUGCAUGCACUAUGACACUGCACACAGAAGGCAUUGGUUACCCUGACUUGGACAGUUUGAUGAAGGAGCCAUGUGAUUUAGAAUUCAUCAUAGAACUGCUUCGGGUAGAAAGAGCCGACGAGUACGAGAAGGAAGUGUGGCAGCUCUCCUCGCAAGAGCGGCUGGCGCUGGUGCCUAGCCCCCGGGAGAAAGGUAACCGGCUGUACGGACAGAAGAAAUAUGACGAGGCGGAGGAGGCGUACGCUAAGGCCAUUGCUAUUUGCGAACAGCUUAUGAUAAGAGAAAGAAAAUGUGACGAGGAAUGGAUCAACUUGAACAAAAUAAAGUUGCCCCUACUACUGAACUACGCUCAGUGCAAACUCAUCAAAGGCGAGUACUACGCGGUCAUCGAACACUGCAACACCGUGCUGGAACACGACAAAGACAAUGAAAAAGCUCUAUAUAGACGAGCGAAGGCCCACGUCGGAGCGUGGAACCCGUCGCUCGCGGAAGAGGACUUCCUCCGGCUGAAGACCCUCAACCCCGCGAUGGGCCCAACGGUGGACAAGGAACUAGCGCACAUAAGGAAACUGCAGAAGGAUAAGGAGAGCAAAGACAAGGACGCCUUGAGGAAGAUGUUCGGGACCGAUAACGGCACGUAGCGUUCAUAUAGACCGACCGGCGCCCUACGCCUGCCGCCCGCACCUUCCCCGCCACCCUUCGUCGUCCUACCCCGUCGCCCCCGUACCGCGCAGGCGAGGACUCAUUUAAGCGGUCGGUCUAUAGUUAACUUUUAACCGCGAGUCCCGGUUAAAGUGACGUCUAAGGGCCAGUUUACCACUACAUACAUAUGUGCAAGUUGCGGAAAGUGACCAAAAAGUUGGAAGAGUUCUCGGAAAUUUCAGAAAAUUUUCACAGGCUAUGAAGGAAACUUUUAUUUUGGGAAUGGAAAAUUUCGAUUCUCAUAUAAAAAUAUGAGAUGACUAUAAUUUUUCAUGUGAAAAUUUCGCAAUUUUGGAAACUUUCCAACGGCACUCAGUAGUUGCCACAAUUUACUGGGACGGGUCAACUUCACACAACAGUGAAGUAUGAAACUUGCCAUGCAAUAUUUAGCGAAAGUUAUAUAUAUCAGUGAGAGACAGUUUCGUGCCACAGACCCUAUUAAGUCCCGUAGAAGUAAGUGACAUUUUUUUUUUGUUAUUUUGUCCUACAGCCUGGCAAAAAAGAAUAGAAAUGAAAAAGUGGCAACACUGUAGUGUCGUCCCUUUCAAAUCAAUUUAUAUAAAAGAACGGGACAACACUACAGUGUUGCCACUUUUUAAUUUCUACUCUUUUUUGCCAGGCUGUAAUUUCCAAGGGACAAUAGUGGCACAGUGUGACAAUAAAUGUUAUAUCAGUGGCCUAUUUUAUAAAGCUACAAGUUACAAUUUACAAGCGGAAGUUUCGUUCUAACACAUAGGGUUAGAAAGAGACUUCGGCUUGUAAAUUGUAACUUGUAGCUUUAUAAAAUGGGCCACAGGUUCCACUAACAUGCUUAGUAGGUGGUUUAAUUUGGAAAUAGCAUAGGAAUACCACAAAAUGCAUGUUUGGUAAAUUCGAAUGCCAUGAAAUAAGGAUUAUAAAAGUUAUUUUUCUGGAUAACUAAGCAUGACCACAGCAACGAAGGACACUUAAGAAGUUGAUUUGCCAUACAAAAUGUUUGAAAAGUGUAAAUCCCUUCGGGCUUAAAGGGAGUCGAAUGGUGAACUGGCCAUACGUAAUUAAGCUUUAUUGCAAUGUGAUAAAGAUCUACCAAAAGUCAGUUAAGUGUGUUAAUGUUUGUACAAAUGGCGAAAAAUGUAAAAACUACUUAUAUUAAUAUUUCUAUGACUAGGAAUGAAACACUCUUUUUUUAUAGCAAAAAAUGGAAAUGCACCCUUUUAUACAUUUCUACUAUGUGUAGCCACUUCUAUUGAACACUAAGCAAAGUUUACUUAAUUAUCUGUAUUUUGUUAUUUAUUUAUAAAUACAUGUGUAAUAUAAUUUGUUGUCGUAAA